UCAUCGCGCGCGGUUAUUAUACAGUUCCAUUGUCCGAAAUCACGCAGUGUUGCGCACGUAUUUCUUCAUGAUUGGUAAAUUCACAGCGUCACACAUCACACACACGCACGUUGAACGGGAGUGUACAACUGGCGUUUACCCACUCGAAACUUUGUUCAUAUUUUUUUUACAUGUUUAAUAUAUUUGUGGACUUGGAUUAAUGCGUAGAUAAGAAUCUCUAAAUUGUGUGAGGCCAUUCGCGGAGUGAACACGGCGGUUAACCAAAAUCGAAUAUUAUAAAGUAAAAAAUACUAAAAAUUUUUUCAAAUUUUUAUGCGAACGAAAUGGGUUUCUUGCACUUUUCUUAUAUCCUGACAAUCGGCAUCCUUCUUGCCGUUGAUGCUGCGGAAUGGAAUACCAAAGAUUAUAUGAAAAGAGAACAUUCGUUGAUACGACCCUAUCAAGGAUUAGGAGUUACCAUUCCCUACUGGGAUUUUUUGGGAAAUACGGUAGUUACAAAUAAUUUUGUGAGGUUGACCCCUGAUGAACAAAGUAAACAAGGUGCUAUAUGGAAUUCUGUCCCAUGCAAAGUGAGAAAUUGGGAGUUACAAGUUCACUUCAAAGUCCAUGGAAAAGGAAAAGAUUUGUAUGGCGAUGGACUUGCUAUUUGGUACGCUAAAAAUAGAAUGCACCAAGGCCCUGUAUUUGGAAACGAAGAUCGUUUCCAUGGACUUGCCGUUAUAUUGGACACUUACAGUAAUCAUAAUGGUGCUCAUAAUCAUCAGCAUCCGUAUAUAUCAGCCAUGGUCAACAAUGGCACGCUGCAUUAUGACCAUGAUCGUGAUGGUACUCACACCCAGCUGGCAGGCUGCGAUGCCAAAUUCCGAAAUCUCGACCAUGACACUCACAUUGCCAUCAGAUACGAAGCCGAUACGCUGACGGUCUCAACGGAUAUCGCCAAUAAAGAAGCGUGGCAAGAGUGCUUCCAGGUAAAAGGUAUUAAACUGCCGACCGAAUAUUACUUCGGAGUUUCAGCGACUACGGGUGAUUUGUCCGAUAAUCAUGACGUGAUAUCAAUUCGUCUGUUUGAGUUGGAUUUGGCAGACGAUGCGAAAACGGAUGAAGAUCGUUCCAAGAUAAUGCCGUCAGCUGAAUUCUUCGAAUCGCCCAGAGAGCGCGUGGAAGAUCCGAAACCGUCGUCGGCCAGCGGCAUCAAAGUGUUCUUCAUUAUGCUCGUCGUGGCGCUGGGUCUCAUAGCCUGUAUCGUAGUUGGAAUAAUGUUUUACCAAAAACACCAAGAGAAAAGUAGAAAGCGUUUCUACUGAAAAGUUCGGAGGAGCUGAAAAACUGCCUGCAACGUACGUUCAUGGAAAUUGAUUAUGAAAAAAGAAACACAGGAGAAUUGCAAAGAUUAUUGAGCACGCGAGUAGUGCGACGUUCGCUCUUAUUUUCAACACCAAUUUUUGUCCUGCAAUUGAACGCGAAGGAACAAUCCAAACUCGAACAUUUCGGCGAAUUAUUUUGCUGGCUUAUUCGUUUACCGUCGAUCCGAAUCGUUAUAAGGAUUUAAUAACAUCGGUCGUUCAAAAUCGUCGAAAUAACAGUCCACGCGAAAUCUCAGCAGCACGAGCAUCCACCGAUCAACGUUUUCUGAAAAAACAAAAUCGUAUAGAAAGUCGCGAGCGAUCCAUUUUUGGAAUGUCAGAAAAACACUCUUAUACAUUUCCCGAAUUCGAAUUAUAAAAAAAUAAGUGUUGAGAUGCGAGCUGAAAAUUUGAAUGGAUAAUCGAAAUUAACAGUUUUUGACCUAAUAGUAAAUAUCUCAAUUUUUCCCUGUACGACCGACGGUAUUUUUUUUUCUUCGGCGAAGUGAAAUCCGAUGUUGAAACACUUGAGGUUACAUUAUAAAACCUGGUUUGGGGAACAAGACGUUGACGGCUUUACAUUUCCUUCAAUUCUGUGUAUGUGUGUGAGAGUGCUCGGGUGUGAAAAAUUAGUCAGUUUAUUUAUGUGAUCGGUAUGAAAAAUUGGCGAACUGAUAAUGUUCUGAAUUGUACUGGCUCAUUUUUGGAGUUUUGGUAUUUAGGCUUAAACCCUCGAUUAGAAUUUUUUUUUUAAUUUGCUAUUCCAUUCCCACUAUUUUGCUUUUCCGAGAGCUUUGGGGUUCAAACAUUUCCUUGCUGUCCAUUAAGUCUGUGAGACUCGAGAGACCAACAUUAUCAAAAUUCUGCAAAAUCGGCUCUUUUGUCGAAACAAAAGCACCGUCACAUUCAACCCUUUGCAGACCGAUGUUUUACACCAAAAUCAUGUUUGCGUAGUUCUCAAUAAUUCAGCAAAGUUUUCUAUUAGCGUAAUUUUAACGGAAUUGAAUGUACCCUAUUUUGCUCUUUUCUGUACGAUAACGAAGAGAUUCUCUGUUGGUAAAACUCUUCGUAUCUGAAAAAUCAAUUUUCCAUUGAAGUCCAAGUUACUUGAUCCAAAAGCUGUGAAAGUUUAUAGUCUAAAUGAGACCAGCUUCUCAAACUCAGUGAUGAAAACAGAGUGACGUCGAAUGCGCAGUGACAAUAAUCGUGUCAGCGGAACAAUUACCGAAUGAUCAUUAUUUAUUCUCGUCAAUUUUUUUUUUUUUAUAUAUUUAAGCAGACAAAAUCGUUGAGUUAUGAGCAAACAGCACAGCAGGUCGCUGCAAAGCCGCUCGGACACAACAACUGACUGAUUCCUAUUACAUCAGUCAUGGCUUUGAAUACUAAAAAGUUACGUGCCAAAAUACCGGUUGCGAAGUAAGAUUUUAAAACAGAACAUACAAAAUGGAAACGACUGCGUGCUUGGAGUGAAUUCGUUUUAACAAUUACUAUGAUUCGACAUAUUAGUCAUUAAGUUAACAAAUACUUGGACCGGUUAUACAAGAAAAGUGGACUAUACACUUAAUAAAGAAGGUCGAUGAAUGAGUCGUUGGAAGAAUCGAGCUCAAGCGUUACUUCAGCAUAACCGUCCAAUUCAUUUUUAAGUCCCUAAAGGAUUCAACCAUUUUUGACGAUUUUGUAAACGAUUUGCAGCAACAAUAAUGCCGAGAAAUUGAAAAAUUUUUAAUUCUUUGGAAAUUUCUUCUUUUUCCUUCCAAUACUUUUACGUUCGUUGUCCUAAAAUUAUUUUUUUUUUUAAGUUAUUUCUGUGUAAGUUUUUUGAAUCAUUGUUAUUCGAAGUUGAUACUUUUCCAAGCUUUUGACAAGCCUCGAGGAGCUUUAACUAUUUCCAUUUACGAUGCGUAAAAACACGUAUUUUGGAGGAUCACUCAUCAAAUUAGUAAUAGCUCUUGAAGGAAUUUCAGAUCAAAUUACCCGGUAAGCUUCGAGCAAGAUUUCCCAAUCUCUUUAAGAGACUAAGCAACUAAGAAAAACGUUUGAUCGCAAGCGUCCUAAGAGAUGAUUGAACGUAUGACAAUUGAUAAUGGAAAUGUUUAAAUGUGUGUUACGGUGACUGGAAUUGUACAUAUAAGACAAGUUCGCAAAAAUCCAAACCUUAUUGUAUCACAUUUUGAUGUCCAUAAUCGGUGAAGUUGUGAAGCUUCAAGGGCCUCGUCAUCGAUUACAUAUAUAAAUACACAUAAAUUUUAUAUUUGUACAUAAAAUCAAUGGCCCUUUAACUAUUCUCGCAUGAAUUCAUGCGUUUUGUCAAAGUAGAACGAAUCUGCGAAGAGUUUUAUAUGAAAAAGGAGGAAAGAAAUGUGUGAAAAUGACCAGAAAACGUUAUGUAAAAUAGCAAAUUUUCAUAUUUGCAUGACUCGAAUUUGCAGCAAGGUUCGAAAUGUUUGAGGACACGUUACGUCACAGCUUUAAUCUUUUGUGGAUUCAAUAAUUUUCCUAUACUUUAUGACAAUGAUUCUUAGCCUCUAUUUUUCAAUGGGAUAAUUCUCAUUCGCAGUAAAAAAUACAAGUUCUUGGUUAAAGUCGAAAUAUAGGUCUAUCAAGUGUUUUGGAUCCGAUUGUGAAGGCCGAUGAUAAAAUUGUCAAAUAUUGUGUACAUCUGCCUAAUGGAGUGUUGAAAUUGACAGUGCGUUUGAUGUCUCAUCGCUGAAUGCAUGUCCUAAGAGUACUGUAUUCUAAUAAUUUAUAUAUGUAUUCUAUAUACAAAUACAUAUGCAUAUAUAUUGACUACCAUCAAAAAAAUGCAAAUGGUAGUAUCGAAAAUGUUUCUAAAUGCAAAUAAAGACUUGUUGAAACGAA